AGUCAGUCCUAAAAGUCAUCUUAAUCGAUAUCGGGUAAGACAAUACAAUAUAAAAAAGCAAGAUAUUGGAGGUUCAUCAUUUAUUGUGUGUUCGUCUACAAGAACGGAACAAGAAGGAAGAUGCCUAACUACUACAGGCUUUUCUUGUUGAUACUCCUUGCCACAUCAUAUGCUGAUGCUAAAAAGGCAAAAAGUUCAGAAUUGUCAGGUGCAAAAAAAUCAGGAAGUUCACACUCGACUGGUGCUAAAAAAUCAGGAUGUUCACACUCGGAUGAUACUACAAAAUCAGGAGGUUCAAAGUCAUCCAAUAAAAACUGCAAGGGACAUGAUAGUCGCUGUCCGCCGAAUGAAACAUGUGCAACCACAGCCAAUUGUGUAGUGUCGAAGUAUUGUGUUCACAGAUGCUUCCCGUGUACUUGCGUUCAUGGCGAUUGCCUUAUCGACACCUCUCCUCCUUAUAAACCGUGGAUGCACGAUAACCCAUCUAUUUUAUCCUGCAUAUGUCACCCUGGUUGGACAGGGGCAAACUGUGAUGAAGAUAUCGUGGAUUGCCCAGAUGCUUGUCAAGGCCCGUCUUCUGUUUGCUAUGACUCUCCACCUGGGAGUUUUACUUGCAACUGUUCUGAGCCUGGUUACGAGGUAGCCAAUGGCACAACAUGCAUAGAUAUUGAUGAAUGUCUUCCACCAUCCCCAUGCACAGGCCUAACGUCAUCUUGUGUGAACUCUGAGGGGUCUUACUCAUGUUAUUGUGCCUGUGGCUGGGAGGUGAUAAAUGACGUAUGUUUUGAUAUCGUGGAUUGCCCAUAUGCUUGUCAUGGCCCAUCAUCCAAUUGUGUUGACUCCCCACCUGGUAGUUUUACUUGCAGCUGUUCUGAUCCUGGUUACGAGCUAGCUAAUGACACAAUAACUUGCAUAGAUAUUGAUGAAUGUAAUCCGACGUCCCCAUGCACAGGUCCAACGGCUGGUUGUAUGAACUCUGUAGGGUCUUACUCAUGCACUUGUGACUCCGGCUGGCAAUUGAUCAAAGACGAAUGUGUCGAAAUAAACGAGUGCUCAGAUAACCCUUGCGGGGGCCCUACUGCUACUUGUACAAACACCAUUGGGAGUUUCUACUGUUACUGCAGCUCAGGAUAUGAACUAAAAAAUCCGACAACAUGUGGAGAUAUUAAUGAAUGUCCAGCUGCAUGUACCGGGCCCAGCAGCGUUUGCACAAACGAGCAAGGAGGGUUUACUUGUUCUUGCGGUUCUGGUUUCGAGUUGAUCGGCAGUGUUUGUCAAGAUAUAAACGAGUGCAACAGUGGCCCUUGCGGCGGCCCUACUGCUGUUUGUUAUAAUACCGAAGGAAGUUUCGACUGUUUCUGCGACUCAGGAUAUGAACUGAAAGAUCUGACAACAUGUGGAGAUAUCGAUGAAUGUGAUGCAUGUUGUCAAGUACCAGCAGGAGCUUCAUGUACCAACUUUCAAGGCGGAUACACAUGUUACUGCCCUGAAGGAUAUUCUCAAAAUUCCGAUACAUGUACCUGCGAAAAUGUUGAUGAGUGUAAUUCUAACAUCAAUGACUGCCAACAAUUGUGCAUCGACACUACUGGGUCGUAUAUCUGUUCAUGUUACUUUGGUUACAGCCUUGAUACUAACGAAAGAACAUGUUCUGAAAUAAAUGAGUGCUUAUCUAACCCUUGCACCGGCCCUACUUCUUCUUGUAUUAAUACCGAAGGAAGUUUCUUCUGUACCUGCGGCUCAAGAUAUGAACUGGACUACUAUAAGACAACAUGUAUAGAUAAAGACGAGUGCUCUGGUUUUCCUUGCGACGGUCCUGCUGAUUGUUCUAAUACCUUUGGGAGUUUCUACUGUACAUGCGAUUCAGGAUUUGAACUGACAACUCCGACAAAAUGUGAAGAUAUAAACGAGUGCUCAAAUAACCCUUGCGACGGCCCUACUGUUUCUUGUACUAAUACCGAAGGAACUUUCUACUGUACCUGCGGCUCAGGAUAUGAACUGGACUUUCAGACAUGUAAAGAUUUGGAUGAAUGUUUGAACUCCCCCUGUGAUCAGAUAUGCACCAACGUUAUUGGAAGCUAUAGAUGUGCAUGCGUGCAUGGUUAUAAAUUGGUUGGCGGUUCAGAUUGUGAAGAUAUUGAUGAGUGCAGCUUAAUUCCGGACGUUUGUGGGCCUAACGUUGGAUGUAAGAAUGGUGCCGGAACUUAUUACUGCGAAAAUUGUUCUGGUUAUAAGAACUUAUGUAAUUGUUCGACAAACAUCGAUGAAUGCGCUGCUGGUAUAGCCGACUGCGAACAAAUUUGCACAGACACAAAUGGAUCAUAUACCUGUUCUUGUUUCCCUGACUACAGUCUUUUGGAAGAUGAGAGAUCAUGUUUCUUAUACUGAAGAAGACUGCUCAUAGGGCAACGAUGUUUAUGUAACUAUAUGAUGUGUGUCAUUUUUAAGAUACAUCUUUUAAAAUUCAGAUAUUUAUUUUCAUAAAUUUUACACUUGAUUCUUUCACAAAGCAAGUUUAGUUUGUUCACAUUGGAAUAACAAAAUGGAAUGUGACAUUAAAGUUAUUUGAGCCGCGCCAUAAGAAAACCAACAUCCGCGCAGACUGGUCAGGAUCCAUGCUGUUCGCUAACAGUUUCUCUAACUGCAAUAGGCUUUGAAAGCGAACAGCAUGGAUCCUGACCAGACUGCGCAGAUGUGCAGGCUAGUCUGGGUCCAUGCUGGUCGCAAAGCCACUACGUUGGUUUUCUUAUGGCUUGGCUCAUUUAUUAGAGUCAAUUGUACAAUUUGUUAUGCAAGAUCAUUAAUGAGGCAAUUAUCUCAAAAUUAUGGCUUGAGAAUUUUGAAAAUACUUUUUACCAGUUUGCGU